AUGGAUUCCCUCUCGUCUCAUCUUUUGCCGCGUUCGCGAGAUGUGGAAGUGCAUCAACUUCGACUUGUUUCUCCAGAUGCAGGGAUCAACAAUGUCCCGAUUUCGUCUACAGCGAAUACGGGGAGGGGUGAAAGUUUGCCUCCUGAUUUCUCUUCGCGCCCCCUCUUUUCCGGCUCGGGUCUUGCGCUGCCGCGCAGCUCUAUGCAAAUUUCAAUCCCAUCUUCGUCACCGCCCCCUUCGACGGCAACAAGGCCUUCGACGAGGCCGCGUGGCGGCCCGCAGAGUGAAGAAAGCGAGGCCGAAGCAGGCCGUGUUCCUCUGUCACCUCUAGAUCAGGAGGCUCUGGACGCGACUCUUGGAGGUGUAUCCAAGUUUUCGGGCUUGAGAAGCUUGGUUAUCUUGGUUUUCGGUCUCCUUCCCCUGCUGAUGGAGAUUCAACUCCUUCUUCCCAGUUUGACAGGACACCUAGACACCCGAACUUGGGUGUAUGUGCACCAAACCUUAAACGCCGAAGAGUUGACAGAGAGCAUCGUUGUCCCCCUCUCGACUGCCCAGGUCACUUUUGCUGCGCAGCAGGCAAGACGCCGAGCCCAGCUGGAGCAGUCAAAGGCUGGGCACGAGCCUCGACCUGCUAAAAGUGGAGGGGAGACACGUACGCCGUCCGGAGGAGAGAGAGGGGGGCAAGGGGACAAAACGGAGGCGGAAAGUCGCGCGGACUCACUGGCAUUCCAGCAACUUGGCGAGCCGUUCCCCAUCCUGCUCGUUCCUCAAUACAACAGUGAAACAUCCCUCUUCAAGCAGUUGAGGUUGUGGCACUUUUUUCGGAAGAGAAGCGCAGAAGGGGAGAACGGAGAGGGAAGCACCGAGGACGACCAGAAGCCGAGAAAGCGCCUGACCGCGUCGCCGCUGCUUCCGCCGGCUCCGUCUCCUGCCUCUUCGCAAGGCACUGCGGCUUCCAACAGCUACCCCUUCCCUUCAAUCAACGGGCGGUCGGUCCGUGACUCUCCAAUUUUCCCGCUUGCCGUAGAAGCCUCGAGUUGCACAUCGUGCCUUCAGUUCUUCCAGCCAGGCGUCCUCCCCCUCUCUGUCGCCUCUUUUCCGCCCGCGUCUUCUUCGCCCUUCGCUCCCGCCGAGUCGCCCUCACCCGUGGGACGGAGCGGGGUUUCGGAGGCCAGUCAGGAAGGAGCUACGCGCACUGACCUCUCGCCUGGAGCAUCCAAGUCACACGCCUCUUCCAGCCUGCCAUCGGAAACGCCGGAACCAGUUUCCGCAACAGACGGGGGCGUGCUGGGAGAGGCGGCUGUUGCUUUCGAGGCAGAGCGAGAGCGGGAAGGAGAGCGGGAAGGAGAGCGAGGAAGCAGCGAUGACAAGCGGCGUUUGCGACUUGGUGUAAUGAUACGCAAACAUUCCGUUUCUCCGCAGGAGAGCUCUCUCGCUUCGUUCGCACUCCCUCCUGGAGACGCGGAGCAGCCGUCGCCGGUCUCGCCUUCUGCCCUGUCUCCUUCAAGCCACGGCCCAACCUUGUUUUCCUGGGUAGAUCCAGAACACUACGACGUCACGCCCCCCCUUCUGCUCGUCUACGCUUCGUUAGUCGUGAUGAUGAUUCGCUGGUUUUCUCUCGCCGUCCGGGCGCUCGGCGAGGCCCUACUUCUUCAAGACGACCUGGACCCCACCGGAGCUGUCCUUUCUUCCGCGGCUGUCUCCAAGCCUUUGCGAGUUGUCGGCGGCUUCUCCGUUUGGGCGCUGGGAUUUUGUAUCUUCCCUUACAGUCUCUCCGCGACGCAAGGGUGCAUGGCAGGCGAUAUGGAUGGCACCAACAUUCCCGUCCCUGUCUUUUACGCGUAUUUCCAGUACUCGAUAUGGGUGGCGCUGCUUCUGGCUCUCGUUGCGCGCCGCCUCUCCAAGUUCUUCAAACGGAGAGCCAGCGCACUCGAAGCUGAGGCCAGGCGGCGUCGACAGGACGCGUACCGCGCGCCUUCCUCGCAGGCAGCUUUCGUUUCCACUCCUGGCCCUGUGGGCCCGAACUCCGGCGAGGCUUCCUCGGUCUCCGGCGGUGAGAGAGGAGCUGAGAGCAGCGCCUACGCUGCGCAGGCGCCAUCAGCUUCGUCUUCUGGUCUUCCCGCGGCUGCGGUGGCUUCUUUGGAACUCGAAACCCAAGUCCCGCGCGAACACGAAUCCCCCGGACAAGAUGACCCGGCUUCUUCUCUUUCUUCUCCGUCCUCUUCUCUCGCCUCGUCGGCCGAGCAGAGCUUCAUUCAGGAGGCCCGGACGCCUCUUCGCGUCUCGUUUCUCCCACCUUCUCAGGAUCCAGCUGCGACUUUUACUGCUGGGUCCCUGAGAACCAGCGGUGUAGAGGAACGGCGAAACGGACGGGGAAGAAGCCGAGACUUCACCAACGCGACGCUUCUCCUCAUGGGAUACAGACUGCUGAUUCAGCGGCUGUGCCGGAGGGCGCAAACAAUGUGGAGUGUGCUCAUGUGGCGCCGAGACCAUCUGUUUGGAUCACGCUACCAUGCCUACCGCGAAAUGUGCUCCGUUGCAGCAUUCCUGCUAUCCGCCCACACCAUAUCGGGAGCCCUCGUUGUUCUUCUUGGUCCCAUUCAGCCAUGGAUGCAGGCAGUCUGGCUCCAUAUCUUGUGCAUGUUCGUCGAGGCUGUCGCGCGUAUUCAGAUCGCUAAAGGGGAAGAGAGAGCUCAGAACGCUCGCGUGAUGGCUGUCAACCCUGAACUGUUCGCAGCAGGCGGCCUACGCCGACCGCUCUUCAACGUCGGAGUCGGGGCGCGAGCGAGCGCAGCGGCUGGCGGAACGCCCUGGGGCUACGCCUUCGUUGAGGAGCCUCGGGAUCGGCUGCUCCUAAAGCAACUGAGUUCGACGUAUUUCAGCAUUGCGGAGCGCAUCGUCGAUCAAAACCCCCGCGCCACAGCCGGCGGAGAAGCCCGAGGCAGAGAGAAGACGAUGAAGGGCGUCAAGAGAGGGAAAGAGAAGAACGGGGAAAGAGGAACAGCGGAGCGGGGCGUAUACGGGAAGCGGAGCGAGAGAAAGACCUGGAGAAUUCGGCGACAUUGGCAGAGACACCAGAAGGGGAGGCGGGAGGGAGGGGCGCGCCGCGUUGGGGGCAGCAGAGAGGAGGAAGGGAGCCGAGUAAAGGCGCGAGAGACGAUGAGGGGCCAGAGGAAACACUGGGAAGCACCGCACGGAGAAACCGGAUGGAUCUUCACGAAGAGAGGGAGACUGAACGGGUCUUCCGAGUCGCUCACGAGAGGAAAAAAGGAGGCGAGACCCGCUCUCAACCGGACAAAAGCGGAGGGACUGGAGAGGGAGAUCAAGGCCCUAGGAGAGAGAACGAAGAACGCAGACCGUGUGGAGACGAGGUGGAUCAAGUGGAGGCCGCGCGUCUUUCUUUCCGACAGCCAGGCGCUUCCACUGCUCCCGCUGCAGGACGAACAGAGGAGAGAGUCGGGGCGAGCGCGGGAAGGCGAGAUGAAGACCAGGAGCGAGAAACCGGACUUUUUCGGCUUCCGCGGUGUCCUUUCUGCAGGCAAGCGGUUGAGCGCGUUGUGA